AAUAAUUUCACUUUAUAAAUGUUUAUCAUCAUUAUAUAUAUUUAAACACGUUUUGCAAAAUAAAAUAUUUAUGUUACUAUAUUUUACACAUAAAAAUUAUAUUUGAAAUAUAUUCUCUGUUCAGUUUUCGAAAACUAAUGUAUAUGUAUUAUUAUUUUUAUUUAUAUAUAUCCAUCUAAAUUCCAUUUACACGUCCGCGCGGCUAUUAGCUAGAGGUUUAUCUGCCGCCGACGCCUAGCUUGUUUUAGAACAAUGGUUUUGUUGCGACAAACAAAAUUUUGAAGGAGAUAGAGACGUAAAGUCUUUCAAAUAAUAGUCAUGGCAAACAUACUAAUACUAAAUCGGUCAAAAUUCCGAAUGCUAAAAUAGUGCUGAAAAUUCGUAGCAGUUCAGUCUGCUUGUGGUCCUAUAAAAAGGGUACGAGACUGGCAAUAAAAAAAGCAUGUACCCACAACUACAAGAAGCAUCUAAAAUCAAAACGAGAGAAGAUGGCGAACAACGGCAACGCAAACGGCAAUGUUUGGCAGUUUAAGGGAAACACAGCAACUAGUGAUGCGGCUGCGGUAGCGUUGAGAAAGCUUGUUUUUAAGAUGUUCAGAAACUACAACUUGAACAGCGGGAAACCCAUCUUGGCCCCAAGUCCUGGCGAUCCCUCCGCCUCUCCCAGCUUUCUGACUUGCCCCGUAGCAGAGGAAGCCGUGGCUGCAGCGGCACGCUCGGGCAUGGCUAACUCUUAUGCACCGAGCCCUGGAAUAUUAAAAGCUAGAAGGGCGGUAGCGGAUUAUCUAAACGGAGAGCUUCCAGCGAAGCUGAAGGAGGAGGAUGUGUAUAUCACAGGUGGUUGCAACCAGGCAAUAGAGAUUGUAAUAGAUUCACUAGCCGGAAAUUCAGUCGCCAACAUUCUGCUUCCAAGGCCGGGUUACCCUCAUUACGAUGCUCGUGCUCUCUAUAGUUGCCUUGAGAUUCGCAAGUACGAUCUCCUUCCCCAAAAAGAUUGGGAGAUAGACCUAGACGGCCUCGAGGCUGCUGCUGAUGAGAAUACCGUCGCAAUGGUACUUAUCAAUCCCAACAAUCCUUGUGGAAAUGUCUACAGCUACGAUCAUCUCAAUAAGGUUGCCGAGAUGGCUAGGAAACUUGGUAUAGUGGUGAUAUCUGAUGAAGUAUACAAACAUGUUGUAUAUGGAGAUAGGCCUUUUAUUCCCAUGGGGAUCUUUGCAUCGAUAGCUCCAGUGAUCACGCUCGGAUCCAUAUCCAAGGGAUGGGUCGUCCCGGGUUGGAGAAUUGGUUGGAUGGCCAUGAAUGAUCCUAAUAGCAUUUUGAAAUCAACAGGGGUUAUUCAAGCAAUAGAGGAUUGUUUAGACUUAACUCCACAACCUUCACUUAUUCUCCAGGAGGCACUUCCUGAUAUAUUAGAGAAAACACCUAAAGAGUUCUUCGACAAGAAGAUUAAAGCAAUGAGACAGUCGGUAGAAUUUUCGUGUGAGAGGCUCAAGGACAUCCCUUGUCUCUUUUGUCCCAAGAAACCUGAAUCUUGUUCUUACUUAUGGGUAAAACUUGAUACGUCAAUGUUGGUUAAUAUCAAAAAUGACUUUGAGUUUUGCAUGAAGCUAGUUAGUGAGGAGAGCGUCCUCUUGAUUCCAGGAGUGGCUCUAGGGGCUGAUAAUUGGGUGAGAAUAUCGAUUGGAACCGACGCGUCAGUGCUAGAUGAGAUAUUUGACAGAAUAAAAACCUUCUAUGAUCGCCAUGCAAUAAGAAAGCUACCCAAUUCAAUGGGUCUAUUGCAAAUUUACAAUGAUCAGGAAAUGGAAAUUUGUUUUUCUUAAUCCAUAAAGUCUCCAGGGUUUUCGUUUUGUAACAAGGGACGAAUAAAUCUAAGUAUUUGAACUUUUGUAAUAUUUAAGUCGUUACUCAAAAACAGUAAUAUUUUAAGUCAUCAAUAAAAAGUUGAAUUAUUGACUAAAUGUUAGAACAACUCAAAGAUUAAAGAAUUGGUAACACA